AUGAGCCACAUCGAUGGAAAAAACAACUCCUCGGUCUCGCGUUACCCGACGAGAUCUGCCCGUUUUAACACGAGUUGGAAACCCCGUUCCACCCUCUUCCCUUCGCUGUCCACAAGCAAGGUAAAGCGCUAUUUUCCUUCCCUUGGUGAAAUGACCUGAAAUAUUCUCAUUUCUUUUGCUUUAAAUUUCGAAACGUCCUAACGUAGAAGACAACGUAAAGUUAAACACAACUGCCAAGCUUCGUACAAGGUUUUAAGACGUAUUUGUUCGUUUUAUCGGAUAAUUCUUGAACAUUGCGCUCGCGGUAUAGGUCUGUUAGUAAUGGCUGCCCCCAUGCUGCCUCGUUGAGGCCUGCUAGCUAGUUACUAGCCUCUUAAUUUAGCUUCGCAUUUUGUGCCUGGAUAUUAAGUCGGUGUGCAUAAUAUCAAAUCCGAUUUGGUGUGUUUGAUGUUUAAACCCAUAGGAAAUUGUCUCGUAAUGGUCAGGGUUGAGGUGAAAGACGUAUUAUGUGAGGAUAGCUCCAGUAAUGUUAGCUAUGAGCUAACGUUAAUUCACGAGAUGUCAAAGCCGGUUGAACGCAUGUUGUCAGCAGCCCUCACUUACAAAUAAAACUCGAGUGAUUGUUUAUUUUAGCACGACAUACUGAAUACGAGUUUCAGAUUUUGUAUGGGAAUUGUUGAUGGUCAAUAGAUGAGAGUUGACAUGAUGUAGCUGCUACCAUCUCGUCUGUUAGAUGUGUAACGGUGGGUCACGAUUGUAGUCCUGUCCGUCACCCGCUCAUUUUACGCCACAUUAUAACAGUGUGAUAAAUCUGAUAACACCAGCUCUCAUUCCCUCUUAAUAUCCGCAGUUGUAAAAUGUUUGUUAUGUGCCCUUUAGAUGCCAGGUGUCACAGUGAAAGACGUCAACCAGCAGGAGUUUGUCCGUGCCCUGGCGGCCUUCCUGAAGAAGUAAGUAUAACGACUUUUAACAGAAAUCUUCUUAUUGCUACAGUAGAAACACCCAAAUAGCGUAAGGGGAGUUGGUCAUUUGGUGAUGUGUUGGUCUGAGCUUUCAUUCAGACGCAUGCAUUGCUGAGUAACAGUGAUAUAACCCAACCAUCUGCAACAUGUUGAGCUCAUUGGCUAUCUAAUGCAACCCUAUACAAUUGCUUUACCAUCAAUCCCAUUUUCAGGUAACUUUUCAAUAACCAGUCUUGAUGAGACACAGUGGAUAAUUGUUGCUGAAAUUGAUAAUGAAGAGGACAAGUUCAAAUCUAAUGCACCCCAGUACAUUACCACCAUCACCACAGCUUUAGUGGUAUAUGAAGGGACAACAACUACCCAUCUGAUCAUAACAACACAAAACUGACAAUUUAGGAGCUUCUGAAAAAAUGUUUUGUUGUGAAGUAAUUGUAUUGGAUUGUACAAGCUCAUACUGUUGAGGCUUGCCAGUGUAUAGCUUAACUAAGCUUUUCCAUAAAAUAGUAGUAGUAGUAAGAUUUGGUAAUGUGGGGAUUUGCUAUUGAGAAUGUUUAAGACGCAUGCCAUGCCAGUUUACAAUGAUACAAUUUACAUCUCUUGCUCAUUUCUGUUGCUCUAUUUUAUAAUUACUAUUAUUAUCAGUACUCCUGUUAUUUUAUUAUCAUUGUUGAUAUUGCCUUUUAUAUUUACUAUCAUGUUUCCGCUUUCGUCCUCCCGUUUCAAUUGCAUUUUCCUUUUUUCUUACCGAAUUUAUGUUUUUAUUUUGGUCCUCAUGGUCUCAUUUUAUGUUGCAUGGUUCUUGUAUUGUCUGGGUUUCUUAUGACAUGAAAAUGGCCUUCAAUUCCAUUUUUAUUGAUCCUUUUGUUUUAUUUCUCUUUUUCCAUGUGCUCUACGACUACAUGUCAAAGCACUUUGUAAACAUCUGGUUUUUUUUUUAAGUGCUAUACAAAUAAAGCGAUCAUGAUAACAGAAUGUAUUAUCCGUUUCUAUUAUAGGCAUUGUUGUGGUUUUGCUCAUGCUGACUCUUACUGCCUGUCUCUAGGUCAGGAAAGCUGAAGGUGCCUGACUGGGUGGACCUCGUCAAGCUGGGCAAGCAUAAAGAGCUGGCCCCCAGUGAUGAGAACUGGUUCUACAUCAGAGCCGGUGAGUCUAAACACUCGAGCUGGUUUUGGAUCAAGUCAUUAUCCACCUUAUCCAGUGUCUUUACCUUGUUGUUUACUUUGUCAAUGCGAGAGCACAAAUUUGGUGACGUCCCAUUCUGAAUACAUCCCAUUUUAUAAUAAACAGCUGUUUUAUUUAAAGUGAUUUUGGAAACGACCACUGAGAUACAGUCAGAGCCUAGGGGACUCACUUAAAGCAUAAACUCUGCUAUUGAUGUAGAGAUAUAUGAUGACUUGAUUACAUAUUACCUCAAUGAGCUCCAUCAAAUCUUCUCUAAUCUGUCAAACACAAGUUUGGCCAUUUGUUGCACACUGUGUCUUUUGAUGGCUCUUCAAGAAAAAAUGUGCCAACUAUGUGACGCUUUUAAAUAUGACUUGGCAGUGCAGAGCCAGGCAGACAUGGAUGCUCAAUAACCAAUCAGUUCUCCUCUCUGGGUCAACGCUGCAGUUUACCCUGAGUGUGCAUAGAGGUUAAAGUCUUGCAGCGAAAUUACCUUCUCUCUUUCCCAAGUUUGACGCCUGCCACUUCACAGCAACGUGAAUUGGUUGUCUUUGUUUGUAUUGUGUGGGUCUAUCCAGGGCUUCAACAUCAGCUAUAGUCCAGGAUGACACAGCAGGGACUUAUAUCUAUGUUAUUACUCUUCUACCUGUGUAAAAGAUUGUUGUCAGGAACCGUGGGUAAACACAAAGUUAAGCUGAUUAUCGCAUGGCAGGGUUGUUUGACUGCUGUGGUUAAACAUGCAGUUACAAGUACAAUCACAAAAUUAUACAGGUUUUCUACAAUAACCUGUUUGUCAUUAAUGACUCCUUAUACAGACUGACAUUUCAAAAUAAUACAUAAUGUCUCUCACCUCUGGGUGAAGAUCAAGUUAAAGUUUAAUCAGCAUGGAGAACAUGGCUGCAAUAAAGAUGUUCAAAGGCCUCAAACUAAAAUAAAAUAUUCAUAGCGACAUAGGUUAUGUAGAUAUUGGAGACUCUGUGACCAUUUUAUAGCAUCUACAUGAACAUGUUUUGAUCUGUAUUACUGCACAGUGUUGUACUUAAUUAUGGUGAGACCCUUGGUAAUGCACAGCCCUUGUAUGUGAUAGUUCAUGCAGUGUUUUAUUGAUAUAGUUAGAUUAAUGGGAACAAUGAAAAUUACAUAGUACACUUGUGCUUGUUACUAAGAAUCUGUGGUACGUGAUGUUUUGUAUGCUGAGACAAUAUUUUGCAACUCCUGUCCCCGGUCAGGCUUUUAGUCGCUUAGAGACUUAAGUAUAUCUCUGCCCUUGUUCCAUGAAGUAGAGGCCAAGGGUUGUAAAAUAACCACAUACGCUUAAUUGCGUUUCUCUAAAUCAUAUCUUUUUAUUAAGUUAAGCCCGCGUUAUAAAAGCCUGCAGCUGGACUUAAUGAGUUGCCAGUUUAUAGGAAGCUCUGUUCGGAGCAGUUUUAUUCAACCACAUGCUGAUGUUGGAAGCUGAUGCAGCUCCCAGAAGAACUGUUACUUUUUAACAUUGCAUAGCAGAUGUACAGUUAUUUGUGGAAGCCGCGCGGCAUACAGUUCAAGCUUUGUGGAAUAAUUUGUCCCCCAUAAACGUCAGCACAAAAACCUGCUGUGAUUCUCAUUUGGUUGAUUUAGACCCAGAGUGGCCGAAUAAACAUUUUCUGAGAGAACCUGCCCAAUUAACCUGACCUACUUCAGUGUUUAACACAAGUGCUUAUCGCUGAGACAUCUGGCCAUGAAGCUCAAGAUUUUAGGGAGAUACUAGAUACCGAAUAACCACUGUCAACAGUUAUCAGACACCAUUUUUCAGUAGAUUUCACAUCUCAAUUAGCGUGAAAAACACUUGUGUUUUUGUUUCUUAAACUCUAGUACAGAUCAGCUGUAAUGCCUUUUCUCUGAGGUAUAGAAGACGGUGAAAGUUAACUAUUUCUCUCCAGUGAUGGGUGGAAGUUCUUCUCUUUUGAUCUCUGCUCUCUCUGCCACGCUCAUGAAAUAUAAAACACUCUGCUCAUUUAUUUUCCAGCGUGGUUCUUAUCUCCGGCCUUGAGCUCACUUAUCCCAGCGCUUAGCGUUUUUUCUAUGUUAAGUGAACCCUCAAAGCGGCACAGCGAUGCCCGAGCAGCAUAGUGACAACCUUAUCUCCUCUUCUCCCACAGCAUCCACAGUCCGCCACCUGUACCUCCGUGGAGGUGCCGGUGUUGGAUCUAUGACCAAGAUCUACGGUGGUCGCAAGAGGAACGGCGUGUGCCCUGCUCACUACAGCGUAGGAUCCAAAAAUGUUGCUCGUAAGGUGCUGCAGGCCCUUGAACUGCUGAAGAUGAUUGAGAAGGAUCCCAACGGGUGAGUACCACCAUCAAACAGAUCUACUAAAUAAAACUUCGCAUUCAGAGCUUUGAAUAUGUAAUUCUUAAGCUGAAUAAAGGGUUCACAAAUCAGUGUUAACACUUAACAAUUGUGACUUAUGACAUUGCGUUUAGUCUGAUGCAUGUUACUCUGCUCAUGUUGUGUGAUGUGUCACUUUGGCUUCUUCAGGCCUUCAUUAAUUUUCACCCUCUGUCACACAUACAUCUGCAUUUUAAUUCUGUACGACUGGAAAAAGUCCAGAAGUUGUGAUGCUGAGUGCAUUAAACCUUCAAACGACCAAUCUCUGAUUUCGCUCAGUCUACAAUAAAUGAAGCCGCGCCGCACUAAAGGCUUUGAUUGAUUAACUCGGUUUUUAUUCAGCGCAAGUGAGCAGGAAAAUGACCCAAACAAUUUUUGCAUAGCCCAUUGUUUCAGGGUUAAUAAUGAGUGAUUUUUCCCUGUGUGGACAGAUGGGUUAUUGAUAUUCGGCUUUACCUGUCUGUGAAACUGUGGUCAAUGUGGCAUAAAGAUACACUCACUGAUGACUACAGCACUCUGUGUAUCGAUCGUUGACUUUGUUUUAUAGGUUGAUGCAAUCCACUGUAAACUCUCGCUUUCCGCUCUUAAUUGUUGCUGUUUUCUGUGUCUGUCAGUGGUCGCAGACUUACCUCCCAGGGAACCCGAGACCUGGAUAGAAUCGCCGGCCAGGUGAGACACCGAGCAGCCCUCAAUUCAUACUGUAUGAGUGAACUGAGUAUAAGUGAUUCUUAAAAAGCAAACAAAAGUAUUAGCUGAGAGUAAAAUUCCCAAACGAGUGAGGUGUUUCAUACUCUGUGAAGCUGAUGAAGCGCACAUAUCCAAACAUGAAUUAAAUAGUGGGUAGAUCACUUUAAGGCGGUGGAUGUGACUCAGUGCUAAAUUUAUAUAUGAAACAACUGACUCAUGUUGGCUUUACCACUAUAAUAUCAUUUUCUCAUGGAGAGAAGGUGAACAAACUGAAACAACUGAAGUUGAACGGAAAAAUUCGGGGCAGGGUGAAGUUUUAUUUUUACUCUCUGGUACAACUUUCUGACAUCCAUCUUUGUUGAGGUGUCACAUAAGUAUGCGCUGCUUUAAAACAUGAAUACUUAAAAGCAAGUUGCACGCCAAUACUGGUUUUUGAAUCUCUCGACUGAAUCUGUCAUUAGAUGACAAACUUGUGCCUUAGCUUUAACAUCUACUUGAUUGACGACUCUUUUACGUUCCAUGUGUUUUUCUCUCAUGCUUAAAUUUAUGACCCUGCUCACUGAAACUCAGACCAACUUUUUGACACUCUAAAGUCUCUAAAUCAAAUAUUUGUCAGUCAACUAUAUCUUGCCUGAUUAUUUGAUAUGAACAUUUCAGUAAGGGUGCUUGAUAAUGCAGCAGAAGUCUUAUGUGCUGGUGAAGAUCUAUAUCAGCUUUACCUGUUAGUGAUUGAAUCUCACCAGACACCAGUCAUACGUCCUCUGCUGUCUUGGUGACUGAAAAACCAGAACGGGGAAAAAAAAUUCUCGAUUCUCAAAGUGAUAACCAUUUCGUGACCAUCUUCAGCAUUUCUGUUCUGCAGUCACACCUGGCUAGCUAGAACUAAAAUGUCCGUCUGUGAAGAAAGCCUUUGCCUGGCCAGCAUGAAGUUGCCAUGUUAUUCAUCGAACAGCCGGGGAGCCCGUUUCUGAUACUCCGGCAUUUUAUAUGUCGUUCAGUCACUCCAGGCAUGGUGCCUCAGGAGUGUGAUCACAGAAAUAUCACCCCUUUGCUUUGAUUCAACACCUUGUCUGUUGUGGGAGUACACGGCCUCAGUGUCAUUUCAACAUGCAAGAUUUUUUUUUUUUAAGCGCUUGUCCUUGGGCGAUUUUUUUUCUCUUCCAGCCAGGUGUGUUGUGUUUCUUGUGUGACACACCGCUGGAACUGUUUGUUGCUUUCACUAAACAAAUCACAGUUGGGCCUUGUCAAAAAAUCAGGCGUGAGGCAGCAGCUUUGUGAUAAUCCAAGGGUAAAAGGGGUAAACAUGAGGAGGGAAUUUCAUGCUUGGCAAGUCCGCCGUAUGGCACCAGUUUUCUACUUGUUUACCCAUGCUAAUGAGCAGUAUGUAGAUGAGCAGACCUGGGCUCAGCCCCGCCUACCUGCUGCACAAAACUGAUAGGAUGCAAUUUGGUGUGACUUCUCUUAAGUUCUUACGGGUCCUUGAUGUGUUUUAGUUUCAGAAAGCAUUUUAAGGGAGUAAUGCUUUUUCCGCUUCAUCAUGAGUCCUGCCAUGUACUGCCAGCAGACUUUUCAUGAUGAUUUUGGCAGCAGCUGGAAACACAAGCAUACUUUUCCAAACUGUGUUGGCCCCAGAGUCCCACUGAAGUUUCUUUUUCCGGUAGCAUCUUGAUCACUUCAAGUUGCAUAUUCCCAUUAAAAUAUUAGUUUGCUUUAGAUUUGUAAAUGAACACUAAACAAGCAGAAUAUUAAGCAGAUGGAACAUUUCAUCUGAUUGCCAUUGAUUUUGAGUUGGGAUCAUUUCCACAAACCAAAGCUGCAUAAUGAAACAUUUAAAGUGUUAUUCCCCCCAGCAAGUCAUUUGACUUUGAUUUGAAAUAAUCACAAGUUUUUGAAGCCACUCGAACGCCUUGUUUUCUAAUUACUGCUUCAUUUUGUGUUUUUCUCUCCUCCCCACAGGUUGCAGCUGCAAACAAGAAAACUGUUUAAUAAAUGUUUUUUGGAGAAACUUAAACCUUGUGUGAUCUUUUGUCCUCAACUGAAUCUGGUGGCUUUGUUGUCCCUACUACUCAUGUUAAUUCUCUGUCAAAUAAGCUGCGUUAUGAUUAGGAGGAAGAUGGUUGACCAGAUGAGGUUUUUCUGGACUCUGGUUAACAUGAUAAACUGAAUUGGCCAGACAACAACAAGCUCCCGCAUAAAAUUGUCACCGCUUGUCUCUGGUUUCGCGGUUUAAAUGUCAUUUAGUCCAAAGGGCAGAAAAUGACCAUUUAGUGUUUUCAGACCUCAUCCUCUAACCAGAAAGCUCACUACAGGGUGCAAUUUCAUUAAGCAGUUUGAAAAGGCUUCCUGAGAGCUGUUCAAUCAGUGAGCCAGUACAGCUCCUCGUCUGUGGCCAGCUCUACAUGGUCACAAUACGAAAUGAGCUUUUCUUUCCCCUCUCCUUCUGCUGCGGCUGAUAUAGUUUGAACAGAUUAAUCUACGAUACCAUGACAACCAAGGAAAAUUGUGCAGUUAAUAAAAAGAGAUGAUUGCAUUUUCAUA